ACAAAAACAGGUAAAAAGCUGCAACCGCUCUUAGGAAUCACUCUUGAACCUGAUUUGGAACCGUUUGAUUGAAACUGGCCGUUUGAACGAACCGAAUCAGUCAGCGCGCGCCACAACAGUGCAGAAUUCUAAUACGCGUUCAAAACACCAGAAUGCACUAUGUAACUAGUAUCCACGUUUGCUGUGCAUGCAGAUGCUUUGAAUAAAAUGUACUCUUGAUUGUUGUGGUAAAUAAGGUGUAAUGCAUUGUGCAUUACACUAGUAUACAAGUUGUGUUGCAUAUAUGGCUAUAAGCAGGGGUGGACUGGCCAUAGGGAGAACCGGGAAUUUUCCCGGUGGGCCGACUUCGAAACGUGGCCGGACUGGUCGAUAAUCUGAAACGGUCCGCCAUAUUAACUUUUAUGCCGAUUUCUAUCUCCAGUCCACCCCUGGUUAUGAAUGAGUCCAGCUCAGGCUUUCAACAGAAAUGAUGCAUUUAAAGGGGAGGUUCACCUACGAACAGCACUUGUUUAGUUAUAUUAGAUAGUGUGGUGCUGGAUAAAUAUAUAGAGAUUACCUGUACCAUAGUGUGCGUUGUGUGUAAGGUUGCUUUUUAAACAUGUCGGUGCGAGAGUCUUUUAACCCGGAGAAUUAUGAACUGGACAAAAGCUUCAGGCUAACACGCUUCACAGAGCUCAAGGGCACGGGCUGCAAAGUCCCUCAAGAUGUGCUGCAGAAACUUCUAGAGUCGCUGCAGGAAAACCAUUAUCAGGAGGAUGAGCAGUUCCUCGGGGCGGUAAUGCCCAGGCUGGGCAUCGGUAUGGACACCUGUGUGAUCCCGUUGAGACAUGGGGGAUUGUCACUCGUGCAAACCACAGACUAUAUCUACCCCAUAGUAGAUGACCCAUACAUGAUGGGCAGAAUUGCUUGUGCCAAUGUGUUGAGUGACCUGUAUGCCAUGGGGGUCACAGAAUGCGACAACAUGCUGAUGCUUCUUGGUGUCAGUAACAAACUCACAGAAAAGGAGCGUGAUAAGGUCAUGCCACUGAUCAUCCAGGGGUUUAAGGAUGCAUCCGAGGAGGCCGGUACAUCAGUCACCGGUGGUCAGACGGUUCUAAACCCAUGGAUAGUCCUGGGGGGAGUGGCCACAACAGUGUGCCAACCUAAUGAGUUCAUUAUGCCAGAUAACGCAGUGCCAGGGGAUGUGCUGGUUCUCACAAAGCCUCUUGGUACACAGGUGGCAGUAGCGGUUCACCAGUGGCUGGACAUUCCAGAGAAAUGGAAUAAGAUAAAGUUGGUUGUCACUCAGGAAGAUGUUGAACUUGCAUAUCAGGAGGCCAUGUUGAAUAUGGCUCGACUCAACCGAACAGGGGCCGGGCUGAUGCACACCUUCAAUGCACAUGCAGCGACUGACAUCACAGGGUUCGGGAUCCUGGGUCACGCUCAGAACCUGGCACGGCAACAGCGUACUGAGGUGUCCUUCGUCAUUCAUAACUUGCCAGUUUUGGCCAAGAUGGCCGCCGUCAGCAAAGCAUGCGGCAACAUGUUUGGUCUAAUGCACGGCACCUGCCCUGAGACCUCAGGAGGUUUAUUGAUCUGUCUUCCACGGGAACAAGCAGCCCGCUUUUGCGCCGAAAUCAAAUCUCCCAAAUACGGCGAAGGCCACCAGGCAUGGAUCAUCGGCAUCGUAGAGAAAGGAAACCGCACGGCACGGAUCAUCGACAAACCCCGCAUCAUCGAAGUCGCACCGCAGGUGGCCACACAGAAUGUCAACACCACCCCAGGAACCACAUCUUAAACCUGACCCCGUGACCCCCUACGACAGCCCUGAACCGCUAGCGUGCUCUAGCCACACCUGAGAAUAUAUCAUCGCAAUGAUAUAUAUACACAACAUCUGCCCACCCUGGCCUUGGGGCAGACUUUACCUGGACACUGUUUUAAAGCAGAUGUGAUAAGAACAUUAAGAAAAAUCGAUUGCCUUUUGUUUCGAACGUUUUUUUGUUACAUUGACCAAACAUGCACCUGAUUGAUUGUAAGGCAGCUUCCGUGUUGAAAGUAUCAUUCUUAUCUGAUACUGUUGAUAACACCCAAAUUGUUUCUGCUCCCUUGUCCCACAGAUACACUAAUCUGCCAUUUCAUAUGUUUACACAUGAUGUGAUUUAGCUGUACCAGUUAGUAUGCAGUAGUUAAAAUUGUAAUCCAUGCCUUUAAAAAUAGUUGAAGCUGCAUUGAUGCGGGAGCAUCUGUCUGGAAUCUAAACCUUUUGUUUUUACUUUAGUAUUUCCCUCAUGCAUCUGAUUAAAUAAAUAACCCUCCUUCAAUGUUUGGCGGAAACAUAGUUGUACUGAAGGAAUCAAAGGAAAUACCUCUCGAAAUAAACACCCGGUUUUGAUGGCAUUGUUGAGAAUGCUUCAUAGCGUAUGUGCUAAACAAUGGAGAUGCAGUUCACAUCGUAUGAUACUCUCUGUUUUACAUGGACAUUAUAAGUUCUGUUCUGUGUUAGGGCUGUUUUUUAUAUUCUGUAC